AUGUCUAGUAGGGGAUUGUCGUGCUCGGCGAACUUUGUAGGACGCAUUGAGUGGAGGAAAUUGAUUGCUGAAACGGCCCAUGGAAAGCGUACCGAAGAGUCUGUCGACAUGAAGCUUGAGGUCCUCGAAGAACUUCCCAAGGGGAUUCUUGGUGGACGGGGAGGGGGAUGGCUGGCUGGUGGGAGGGGAUGGAGUUGGAGAUGUGAUUUUAGGUGCCACUCCUACACGGCCUGCUGGUACCUCAUCAGUGUUAUUUUUAGGAUUGACUGUCUUCGUUUCCGGCCGCGCUCUGUAACCGCCGCCGGAGAUUGGAGGUGGGAGUGGAGUGGUAGGGGUUGGGGGCUUGGUGUCUGGAAGGAGUUGCAGGCCCUUGAUUCCAGACGCCUUGUCUUCGUCGAUGAUCUUGUUAAUCUUUUUGUAUUGGCGUUCGACGAGUUUGUGCAGCGCGGAGAGGUCGGCGAGUUUUUGGUUGGUGAAGAGUUUUCGAACGGCGAAAAUGAUAUCAUUCAUAGCAUUUUCUGUAGUGUAGAGAAGUAUUGA